AUGCAUAUAUUUGAAUCUCUAGAGAAAGCAAUACCAAUAGAGGAGUGGAAUAUGGAUAACGUAUAUGAAGUUAUCAAAGUGAUGCUUGAGGAUCAUCUGUUAAGAAUUUCAGAAGUUUUUGACGAGAUUAGCAUAAAUCACUGGACACGAGCAACAAAGCAAGAUGUUACUUCGAGAAAAUUACAUAGAUAA